UCAGUAUACAGUGCAGGGGCGGACUGACCAUUUAGGAACUCGGGCACUGCCUGAGGGCCCGGGGUCAGUAGGGGGCCCCAUGAGAUGCCCCUGGUACCUUUUCAUAGGCUUUUUUGAGUUUGGGCAAGGACACAGGGGCCCCAUGAUCCCCUAUUGCCCGGGGGCCCAUGAGUUGUCAGUCCGCCCCUGGUACAGUGCAUUGCAAUGUCCAGUGUAUCAGUUCCACCCCUGAGGGCUACAUAUACAGAGUCAAAUAGCAAUGAUAACAUGAGAU